AUAUUUCGGAGUUAAAUCUUCCUACGACAACGAGCAUCGCAUUCCCAGAGGGAAAGGAUAACCUUCUGAAGUUCGAUAUUACGAUUAAGCCAGAUGAAGGCUACUACUUGGGAGGAACGUUCACUUUCAGCUUCGAGGUUCAACCCUCUUACCCUCAUGAAGCUCCCAAAGUGAAGUGCAAAACUAAGGUGUACCACCCCAACAUUGACCUGGAAGGGAAUGUUUGUCUAAACAUUUUGAGAGAAGACUGGAAGCCUGUUUUGAGCAUCAACUCCAUUGUCUACGGCUUGCAGUUUCUUUUCUUG